AUAUAAGAGAUAGUUGGAUCAACUGUCUAUCUAGUAAUAAUUUAAAAAAAUGAUCAACCAAGUAAAAAUUUCUGUUAAGGUGUUUAUAAAAGGCUUACAUCACUAAGCCAAAAUCAAGUUCCAAUAAGGUGUAGUCAUAUUCCACAUAAAAGAACAUGAAGUUGCUUCUAUCACCUUUUGUCACUCUUUUCUGUCUUGCUACAAUUCUUAUCUCUCUACAUUAUUGUAAUGCUGUGAAUCUACCAAACAAUGAAACAGUCCCAGCACUCAUUGUGUUUGGUGACUCUAUAGUUGACUCAGGUAAUAACAACUACAUCAAAACUGGGUUCAAGUGCAAUUUUCUACCUUAUGGUCAAGACUUUGGUGGUGGAAAUCAACCAACCGGAAGAUUCAGCAAUGGUUUAGUCCUUUCAGAUAUCAUUGCUUCAAAAUUUGGAGUGAAGAAGCUUUUGCCAGCUUAUCUUGAUCCAAAUUUGCAACUUCAAGAUCUCUUAACAGGUGUAAGCUUUGCCUCUGGUGGUACUGGAUAUGAUCCUCUAACUUCUAAAUUAGGAUCUGUGAUAUCAUUAUCAGAUCAAUUAAACAUGUUCAAAGAGUACAAAAAUAAGAUAAAGGAAGAAGUUGGAGAAGAGAGAAUGAAAAUGAUAAUAUCAAAGAGUGUAUACAUUAUUUGCAUAGGAAGUAAUGACAUUGCCAAUACUUAUGCUCAAACACCAUAUAGGAGAUUCAACUAUGAUAUUCCAUCAUACACAGACUUAUUGGCUUCAUAUUCCUCAAACUUCUUGCAGGAACUAUAUGGUUUAGGAGCUAGAAGGAUUGGAGUAAUAGGUAUGCCAUAUAUAGGGUGUGUGCCCUCACAGAGAACACUUGGAGGAGGCAGGGAGAGAGCAUGUUCAGAUUUUGAAAACCAAGCUGCUAAACUCUUCAACUCUAAAUUAGUAUUUCUAAUGGAUUCUUCUGAAAAUAAAUUUUCAGAUACUAAGCUUGUCUACCUUGAUAGUUACCAUCCAUUAAUGUAUCUGGUUCAAAACCCGGCUAAAUACGGUUUUGAUGUAGCAGAUAGAGGAUGUUGUGGGACAGGUGACCUAGAAGUAAGCAUAUUCUGUAACCAAUACAGCUCAAGCAUAUGUUCAAACUCUUCAAGAUAUAUAUUUUGGGACAGUUACCAUCCAACACAGGAGGCUUAUAAUUUGCUUUGUUCUAUGGUCAUUGAUGACAAAAUCAAGGACUUCUUCUAGAGCAGUUUCACUCUCAUUCUUGGCUUCUACUUUCUACAUUAUUUCCUUCUUGACUUCUUGCUUGUUCACCUAUAUGAUAUACCUAAUAAAGCAUGUAAAAUAGAUACAUGAAUUGAUUUUUUUCAUGUAAAAUAAAUACAUCUUAAAAAUUCUAUGUGAUCGAUUAACGGUGUAAAAAAUUUUAGGUAUGCUAUUGGUUACGGUACACAACAACACUCACAUUA